AUGGCGUGCGCCCUGGGACCAGACCCGCGGGGGGCCGGCGGCGGCGACGACGAGAGGCCCAGCUGGGACAACAGGCUGCAGUAUCUCCUGAGCUGCAUCGGGUUUGCCGUGGGCCUGGGCAACAUUUGGAGGUUCCCGUACCUGUGCCAGACCUACGGGGGAGGCGCCUUCCUCGUCCCCUACCUCAUCGCCCUGGUCCUCGAGGGGAUCCCGCUCUUCCACAUCGAGCUGGCCGUCGGCCAGCGCCUGCGCAGAGGCAGCGUCGGGGUGUGGAAGGCCGUCUCGCCCUACCUGGGCGGAGUGGGGCUGGGCUGCCUCACCGUGUCCUUCCUGGUCAGCUUGUACUACAACACCGUCCUGACGUGGGUGCUGUGGUACUUCCUCAACUCCUUCCAGAACCCACUGCCCUGGGGCUCCUGCCCGCUGGACCUCAACCGCACAGGGUUCGAGGCAGAGUGCCAGGCCAGCAGCACCGUGAGCUACUUCUGGUACCGGCAGACGCUGAACAUCACGGCCGACAUCAGCGACAGCGGCUCCGUCCAGUGGCGGCUGCUGGCCUGUCUGGCCGUGUCCUGGGCAGUCGUGUACCUGUGUGUCAUCAGAGGCAUCGAAUCCACGGGGAAGGCAAUUUACUUCACAGCCCUGUUCCCUUACCUGGUCCUGACAGUCUUCCUCAUCAGAGGGCUCACCCUGCCCGGGGCAGUCGGAGGGCUAACCUACUUGUUCACUCCUGAUGUGCAGGUUCUCCGGAGCCCCCGGGUGUGGCUGGACGCGGCCACGCAGAUCUUCUUCUCCCUGUCCCUGGCCUUCGGAGGACACAUCGCUUUUGCAAGUUACAACCCGCCCAGGAACAACUGUGAGAAGGACGCGGUGACCAUCGCCCUGGUCAACAGCAUGACCUCUCUCUAUGCGUCCAUCGCUGUGUUUUCCGUUUUGGGAUUCAAGGCGGCCGCCGACCACGGGCGCUGCCUGGACAGAAACAUCCUCCGGCUCAUCAAUGCGUUCGAUCUCCCGGACCAGAGCGUGUCCAGGGACGACUAUGCCGCCGUCCUCACGCGCCUGAACGCCACCCAGCCUGAGAGGGUGGCCCGGCUCUGCCUGGAGACCUGCCGCCUGGAAGACUUUCUGGACAAGAGCGCCGCCGGCACGGGGCUGGCCUUCAUCAUCUUCACGGAGGCCGUGCUGCACAUGCCCGGGGCCCCUGGCUGGGCCGUGCUCUUUUUCGGGAUGCUCUUCACCUUGGGCCUGUCAUCCAUGUUCGGGAACAUGGAAAGCAUCAUCACGCCACUGCUGGAUAUGGGGCUCGCGCACAGAUCCAUCCCCAAGGAGGUCCUGACUGGGCUGGUCUGCCUGCUGUGCUUCCUCUCGGCGACCUGCUUCACGCUGCAGUCGGGAAGCUACUGGCUGGAGAUUUUCGACAACUACGUGGCUCCUCUGAACCUGAUGGUCUUCGCCUUCUUCGAGGUGGUCGGGGUGGCUUACGUUUAUGGGAUGCAGCGGUUUGGCGAUGACAUAGAGUACAUGACGGGGAGGCGGCCUGGCCUCUACUGGCGGCUCACCUGGAAGGUCAUCAGCCCGCUGCUGCUCCUCACCAUCUUCGUGGCCUAUGUUGCCGUCCUGGCCUGGACACCGCUCAGCUACAGGGCCUGGGACACCCAAUACGCGCAGUUCCCUUCGCGGCAAGAGAAGUCCUACCCGGGCUGGGUGCAGGCCGCCUGUGUCCUCCUGUGCUUCCUGCCUGCACUGUGGGUCCCGGCCGUGGCGCUGGCCCAGCUGCUCGCCGAGCACAGACGGAAGAAGGACAGAUGUCAGGACAGGUGCCCGAAGCUGCAGGGUGGAGGGGCCUGCUGA